AUGUCCCGUCGUGUGCAGGUCGAAACACCUCGGCCUCUACCUCAUCCCGCAGAGGAUCUCAGCGAGGAUGACGAUCUACUUUCCUGGGUGCUUGUCGAUCAACUGGGCUGUUUACCAAAUACCAAACUUGGAGUACAUCCUCAACAGGUAAAAUUCGUUGGACUACCGUUCAAGACGGAGGAAGUCAUGAGUAUCAUCAAAGAGACGGUAGUGUCGGGUAACACUUCAGCAGCCAUGUCUCGUUUACAAGAAUUUCACUUAAUCCGAAAUCAUCUCGAAGCGAAAGAAACGGAUUCGCAAAGAGAACGAUUCGUUCAACAUCUCCGACGUUACUUACUCCCUCUUCAGCCAAAUUCACGUAUAGAUAUCCAUACCACAUCAAGAUACUCUGCCGUCACUGGUCAUACCGAAUUGGCCGUAUUCGCUACCCGACCUCUGGCCGUGGGAACAGUCGUUUCAGAAUUACAAGGUUCCGUCGUUCCUUUACCAGACGAAUGGCGACAAGAGCUUGAUCUGGGAGACGAAUUCGCUUUACGUGCCGCUGCAGAAGAAGAGGCGGGUUCAGACGACGAAGCAGAUUCUCAAGAACGGGAAGCGUCACGAAAGUUUCAAGGAAAGGCCAAGAUGCAAAAUGAAAUUCCCCGUCGUCAAAGAAGAUCUGAUAGGACUCGUCGUAGAGAUUUCAGCAUUGUUUGGUCUGGGUUGAAGAAUUGUUUUCAACUGUUUUUGGGCCCUGCGCGAUUUAUAAAUCAUGACUGUUCUCCGAAUGUGGAAUUACUACGACAAGCGGAGAUGACUAUUUUGGCAAGAAUAACAGAGAAUGGUGGGUUCUUCAUCAGUUGGCUCAUGUCGUCUUCCAAAUUAACAUCUGAUAGUCUUUGCUUGACUUGCGAGAUCGCUGGCAAAGGCGGCUUUACCAUAAAGGAAAGUUCUCUUUCCCGUUCAGUCACUCGUGAACGUGUAGACUCGGCAGGUCCUUCCAGUCAGAGAUCAUCGAAUCUCAGCAAACGUGUAACCAGUCGUUGUGAUUCAGAACAAGUCUCCGAAUCGGUUAUCUUCGGUCGUGAUGCCGAAAGUGAAGAUGAUCUUCUCGCUCUCGCUCUAGCAGAUAACAUUUCUUCCAUCUCUUCGAAAUCCGUAGAAGCGUCUAUGACCUAUCCUGAAGAUGGCACAACGUCAAAGGCGCAAUCAACACCCAUAAACCACACUCCCCGACUAUCUGUGGAAGGGGAAUGCACCCCUUCUGAAGGUCGUAAAUCACCUGGCGAAGUUCGGAGACGUCCAUCGAUCCGAGCAGCAGUCAGUAAGAUGUUACCUGGCUUCUUUGCGAGACCCCCAAGGAGACCCCGACCUGUAACGCCGGAAGUCCAACCGACGGCUCGUGCGAUGUCUGAAUAUCCGGAUGAUUUCCCACGAUGUGUGACAUGUUGCAAACCUUUGGACGAGAGGGUGUGGUAUAACAAACAAUAUUUUGAUCAUUGUUCCAGAUGCGUUCGUCACGCGUUGAUAUUCGGACUUCCAUGGCCCGCUCAUAAACCUGCGGACAUACAAGAUUACCCUCCCGCUCACCUCAUCCCUCACGGUCACAUACCACGACGUAUUUCUUCCGUACCCUUACCAUCUCUUGAAAGACCAAAGAAGAAAGAUCUCGAACCUGAAUCUGAAAUCCCUCUUUUCGAAGAACCUCUGGGUCCGGAUCUUACCAAGGAAGAACGUUUGGCAGAUCGAUUCUAUCGUAAAUGGGCAGAAGACGAUGACAUGUUGGAACAACAACGUAUGGCGAAUUGGGUGGCUCAAGAGACAAGAGAAGCCAACGCUAAAGCGCAAGCGGAAGCUAAGGAAGCGGCCAGGUUGGCGAAAGAAGAAGCGAAACGGAAUCGAGAGAAGAAUAAAGUACGAGGAUCGGGUAUAUGGAACAGCUACGAGUAUGUUUCAGAGGAUGAAAUGCGGAAGAAGAUGGAAGAGAGAAAUGCUUUGACCACAGGAACGAGAAGAGGAAAGAUUUAUAGACCAACGGAACGAGAAGCUGUCGAAGCUCUGGAAGCUCAAGAAAGGUUGAAUACAAGGGUCAAUACAAACUCUUCUCCUGCCCCGAUGGAAGCUUCGACUUCGAGUGUGACGAUGACCAAUGUGGUGACUCAGGAGGUUUUACAAAUCCAACAAUCACCACCUCGACAUGUUUCCAAUGAGAUGGUGAACUUGAUAUCAACGAAAGAAGUCCGACCUCGCAAAAAAGCCAAGCGUCUAUCUCUCAAAAACCCUUCAUCCGAUAUAGAUGAACAAUCAUCAGAAGAUGAAGAGUAUGGACCAACUCCUUCACCCAAUAAUCGUCCUAUUCCUCCCCUUACCUCUUCUUCUAAAUCAAGUAUGAACCCCUUACCGACAUUAAACUCCGGGUCUAAAGAAAAACAAAAGAUUUUCAUACCCACUACAGCACGACCAGGGUUAUGGGCACCACCAAAAGUCUUGGGGACAAAAAGAAGUAGAGGUAGACCAAUAGGUACGGGUAAACGUCAAUUAGCAUCUGCUCGACUGAAUGCACGUUCUAGUCUCGCAUCAUCCGAUGGACCUAGUAAAGCGUCUUCGUCAAAGACUCUUCAAGUUGAAAUCGGACAUCAAAAAUCUAAAAUGGUCAGAGGAUCAUCUGAAGAAGAUGAUUCAGAAUCAUAUUCGGAUUCGUCAUAUUCGGAUAAAUCACCAGAAAACAGACCUUUGAAAAGAGCACGUUUAUCGUCAGUCUCAGGGGAACGAUCUAUCAAAAAACCUUCAUCGUCAUCACUCAAUCACUUUAAUCAUAUCCCGUCAGUCAACGUUGAAAGGAAUCAUAUGGGACAUGUUCAAUCUACACGGAUGGAAGUGGAAUUACCUAUCAGAGUCAAAGCUGUUAAAACUGAUAAUUUGACAAGAUUCCAAUCAUCCGAUCAAGCAAAAUCUACCAUAUCAGAUGAUAUGACUUUUCCUCUCGGAUCGCAAGCAAGUAAUAAUUUCAAUGAUGAAAUUGUCAUGUUUGAGAAGAACGGUCGUUCUUGGUUGGGUGAAAAGAGGAUGACUAUGGAAGGCGGUAAGGAUGAAAUGGGGAUUGAUAGGAAUUCGGAUGAUAGUGCUUCUGCUACUAUACCAGGUGUUGAAGGUCAAAGUUCUGAUAUGUUGUCAGAUGGAGAGAGUAUGGUCAAGAUGGAUCCGUUGGGAUAUUAUAGACUUUGA